CGGCGCUUCAAGGAGGCCGUCGCGGCGAACUUCAGCGCGCGGAGCGUCGACCUCGUCUCGCGCCACGACUCGUCCGACGGCUCGACGUCGAAGCUCGUCGUCGGACUCCGCUGCGGCAAAAAGGUCGAGACCGUGGUCAUGCGCCACGGCACCCUGCGGUCGUCGCGCGUCACGGUCUGCGUGUCGUCCCAGGUCGGCUGCGCGAUGCGCUGCUCGUUCUGCGCGACGGGGACCAUGGGCAUGCAGGGCGACUUGACGCGCGGCGAGAUCGUCGAGCAGGUGCUUUUGGCGAAAGGCGUCGACGGCCGCCUGCGCAACGUCGUCUUCAUGGGCAUGGGCGAGCCGCUCAACAACUACGACGAGGUUCUGGGCGCGUGCCGCUGCCUGCUGGACGACCGGUGGCUCGCCUUGGGCGGCGGCCGCGUGACGAUCUCGACGGUCGGCGUCGUCGACCGCAUCCGGAGCCUCGCGGCCGACGAGCCCCGGGCGAACCUGGCCCUGUCGCUGCACGCGCCGACGCAGGACCAGCGGGUGGCGAUCAUGCCCGCGGCGAAACGCUACGACCUCGACGACUUGCUGGACGCGUUGGACGCGUACGUCGCGGAGAAGCUCCGCGAGCUCGAGCGCCGGGGCUCGCGGAAGCGGCGCAACGACGAGAAGCAGCCCCUGAUCAUGGUCGAGUACAUCCUGCUCGGCGGCGUCAACGACUCCGUCGCCGACGCGGACGCGCUCGGCAAACUCUUCUCCAGGGCCGGCGCCGCGCCGCGCUUCGGCGGCCGCGCGAUGGUCAACCUCAUCGCCUACAACCCGACGCCGGACCUGCCCUACGACCGCCCGUCGGACGCCGCCGUCGCCGCGUUCCAGAAGGCCGUGCAGGCCCACGGCGUGCUCACGUGCGUGCGCAUCACGAUGGGCUCGGACGUCGCCGGCGCGUGCGGCCAGCUCCUC